UUUCAUGUGAUGAUUGACUGAUCGAGAGACCUUAUUAUAUUUGAAUGGAUAUUCUUUUUAUUGUGUGUAGGAAAGCCUCAAAAAAAUAUUUAUAUAAUAAUAAACCCAAUCUCUAUGGAAAAAAAAAUAGACAACAUUAAAAAAAAAAAAAAAAUCAAUAAACUCUAUUGCUCUGUUUAUAACUUUCUUUCUCUCUCUACACAUAAAAAAGUAGAAAGCUGAAGAAGAAAGAACGAGUUUGUAGCUGGGUGGUUGCGUUUCUUUCUCCUUUUAAAAAUUACCAUCUUCUCUCUCUCUCAGUUUUCUAUUCUUCUGUUCCUCUCUACGCGCCAACAGAAUCAAUCUUCCUUAUCUUUUGUUAAUUUUCCUGGAUUGAAUCUGAUUCUGAGAUCCUCCCUACUUACCUAUUGAUUGAUCUGUCUGCUGACGAAGAAGAAAUGAGAGAGAAACGGUUGUGAUGUUUCUCGUGUUUGCAGUCUCUUUCUCAAUCACUCUUUUGAUGUGUUCUGAUGAAUAAAUAAACAAACACCUCUGUCUCUCUUUUCUUUUUGUGUCUGUGUGUGUGUGGUGCCAAUAGAGAAACUUUUUCGGGUAUUAAAUUACUCUACAAAAUGUUUUUUUUUUUGUAAGAAGAAAGCGAGAUUACAAAAACGUGUUUUUCUUUCUUCUUUGAAGAGACAACCCAGAGAAGUCAUACCUUACCUUUUUCUUGGUCAGCUUUGAAAGGCUUCAUUUUUAUAUUCAAUUUUGUUUUUUUUUUUUUAAGAUUCACACUGCUCUGUAUUAUUAUUCUCUCUAUAUGUGUUCUUGCAGAAAGUAGCUGGUACUAAUAAUAUAAAGCUGAAUCUUCAUUUGCCACUUUUGGUGAAGACCACCGUGGGUGUGUGAUUGUACAACUAGUUGGUCCUGGAGUGCCUUUUCAAUAUCAUCAGGGCCCUGAGAAUGGGGUCCUGUCUAUCUGCUGAGAGCAUGAGUCCUAGACCGGGCUCUCCUUGCUCUCCUGGCUUUGGUGUGAGAAAAAGAAAAAACUCCAAGAAUAAGAGACUUGGCGGUUCCAGAAACUCCUCCUUUGACUCCAGGAGAGAUGAUCCUCUCCAUCGAGUCCCCGGUCGUAUGUUCUUGAAUGGAUCUAGUGAGGUCGCUUGUAUCUUCACUCAACAAGGCAAGAAAGGGCCUAACCAAGACGCCAUGGUUGUUUGGGAGAGUUUUGGUUCGAGGACGGAUACAGUGUUCUGUGGAGUGUUUGAUGGGCAUGGUCCUUUUGGUCAUAUGGUUGCAAAGAGAGUCAGAGACAAUCUUCCUCUCAAGUUAAGUGCUUAUUGGGAAGCUAAAGUACCUGUUGAAGGUUCUAUAAAGACUGUUAAUAAUAGUGCCAACAACAACUCUGAAGAUGCUGCUUCUUUUGUUUCUACCGAGGAAGAGCCUAGGCCAGAAGAGAGCACGGAGUCUGAACUGUUUCAAACUCUGAAAGAGGCGUUUCUUAAGGCUUUUAAAGUUAUGGAUAGAGAGCUUAAGUUCCAUGGGAGUGUUGACUGUUUCUGCAGUGGUACAACGGCUGUGACUUUGAUCAAACAGGGUGAGUAUCUCGUUGUUGGAAACGUUGGAGACUCUAGAGCUGUGAUGGGGACAAGAGACGGUAAAAAUGGUCUUGUUGCUGUUCAACUAACUGUGGAUCUCAAGCCAAAUCUACCAGCUGAGGAGGAGAGAAUAAAGAAGUGUAGAGGACGUGUGUUUGCUCUUAGAGAUGAGCCUGAUGUUUGUAGAGUCUGGCUCCCAAACUGUGACUCGCCUGGUCUUGCAAUGGCACGUGCUUUCGGAGACUUUUGCCUUAAAGACUUUGGUCUAAUCUCUGUCCCUGAGGUUUCAUUUCGCCGAUUAACCGAAAAAGAUGAGUUCAUAGUGUUGGCUACAGAUGGGAUUUGGGAUGUACUCUCAAAUGAGGAAGUAGUGAAGAUUGUAGCUUCAGCACCAUCACGUUCCUCUGCAGCAAGAGCUUUAGUUGAGACUGCGGUUAGAGCGUGGAGACACAAGUACCCAACCUCCAAAGUCGAUGACUGUGCUGCGGUCUGCUUGUAUCUAAACUCCAAUGGCUCAAACGCCAUAUCUACAGCUUCUUCCUUCUCCAAACUUGAAGAUGGAGAUGAGAUUGAUGAUGGAUCAGGUCCAAGCGGUCUAGGCAGGUCUAGUACUGUCAGAACAGGGAAAGAGAUUGCUCUAGACGAAAGUGAAGCUGAGAAGCUGAUAAAAGAAGAGGAUACAGAACAUGGAACAGAGUAUUCUGCACUAGAAGGUGUUGCAAGAGUUAAUACACUUUUGAACUUACCAAGAUUUGUGCCUGGAAAGUGAAGAAGUUAAGUUGAGUUUUGUGACAAGGACAUCAUCAAAAUAAAUUACUCAGGAGGAGAGGUUCUGUGUUUUUUUUUCCCCACCUUUCUUUCUACAUUUUUCUCUUAUUCUUUUUAUCUAAAAUCUGUUAGAGAUUCAUUGUUUUUGGAACUACUUAAAUACUCUUGUCAGUUUUGUCUUUUUGUUUAAGUCUUUAGUUGAUGUCAGUAAAGAAGAGU